AUAUGAUUCAAGUCGGUGCAUUGAUAAACAUAACUGAGUAAGAGGGAUUUUGCAUAUCCGAUCGAAAACUUGUUUUAUAAUUUUGCAUUGUGCAUUGUGAAAGGAUUAGUAUACUAUUCGUUGUGAUUGGUUAAGUGGUAUAAACAUGUUCAGGAUACUUUGUCUAUUCCUAUGUUCCUCUGCACUAUCUUCUGUCGAAAGUUCCCCAUUCGAAUUAACUGAAGCGUACGUAGACAGCUUUUCAAAAGGUUUAGAUGAUUUGAAGAGAAUUUCAGAAGAAUAUAAAUAUAUACAAGAAGACUUUGUACCUGAAAAAUAUGAUACUCAGCAAUCACUUACAGAUGCCAAGGAAUACGACUUCAUUGUUAUCGGAUCCGGGACUUCUGGAUCAGUGAUAGCCAACAGACUGACUGAGAUUCCGGAAUGGAAGGUGUUAGUUUUAGAAGCUGGACUACCGGAAACGGCGAUAACUCAAGUACCAUCUAUGCAGAAACUCUUACAAACAACGCCGUAUGACUGGAGAUACAAUACAGUAUCGCAAAACCAUUCUUGUCUAGGUAUGGAGGAGCACAAAUGUUCGAUACCAGCAGCCAAAGCUUUCGGAGGAAACAGCGCCACCAAUGAGAUGCUAUACGUGAGGGGCAACCCGAAAGAUUACGACACUUGGGCAGAUUUGGGAUUGGACGGCUGGUGCUGGACCGACGUUCUGCCGUACUUCAAGAAGAUCGAAGACGCUCAUAUCGCAGAGUUCGACAGAAAGCAUCACAGCUUAGGUGGUCCACUCCAUUUGGAACCGUUCCAACACUCGACAGACUUGGGCCAUCACAUCCUACAAGCCGCCAACGAAAUGGGCAUCAAAACGGUCGACUACAACGGUAAAGACCAGCUGGGCAUGGGCGUACCACAAGCCACCACCAAAUACGGCAAGAGGAACAGCGUCGCGCAAGCGUACAUGGUACCGGCAGAGAAGAGACGCAACUUGGACAUUGCGCCGAUGAGUCGCGUCGUGCAGAUCCUGAUCAGCCCCCACACCAAGGAGGCUUACGGGGUCAAGUAUCUGCACAAUGGACACCUCUACGUUGCCAAGGCUUCCAAGGAGGUUAUAAUCGCGGCUGGGGCAAUCAAUACUCCUCAGUUAUUGAUGAUCUCUGGAAUUGGACCAAAGGAAGAUCUAGAAGCACUGAACAUCCAUCCAGUAGCCGAUCUCAGAGUAGGAAAGAAUCUCAAAGACCAAAUCAGCUUCGUCGGUCUCAAUUUCUUAGCCAACAAGACAACAGAAACCGAGAAGGAAACGAAAAAACACGCGGGAGUGAUGGACUACCUCAAAAGUGGCAAAGGACCGCUGACGACACCAGGAAUAGAGGUUGUCGGUUUCAUCAAAACUGAAGCUUCCAAACAAACAUUGGAUUGUCCAGAUGUUGGUCUUCUCGUCACCAAAGAAGACCUACACCAGAAGGCGAUGAGGAUCAAGAAAGAAAUCCACGAAGCAAUCUGGUCCCCCCUCGAAGAUAAAGACGGUUUCACAAUCAAGGUCAACCUCCUGCACCCCAAAUCGACAGGCUCCGUCACCCUCCACGACAACGACCCUCUCCACCACCCUUUGAUCAACCCCAACUCGCUCACCGACCCAGACGACCAAGAUAUGGAGAGCUUGCUGGCCGGCAUCCACCAAGUCCUCAAGCUGUCUCACACCGAGGCUUUCCAAAAGCUAGGCGUCCUACUGAACCACAACAAAGUGCCUGGAUGCGAAAAAGAAAAGGAUGAAUACUGGAGGUGUGCUAUAAGGCAUCUCAGCGUUAAUCGAGGCCAGGUGAGCGGAACGGCCAAGAUGGGACCUGAGAGCGAUAAGGAGGCCGUGGUGGAUAACAAGUUGAAGGUGCGCGGGAUACACAAGCUGAGAGUGGCAGAUGCCAGCGUCAUUCCAGUGACCAUUUCUGGCAAUCUCAUGGCACCUGCGAUCAUGAUCGGGGAAAAGGCUGCUGAUUUGGUGAAACAUGAAUGGAAAUAGAGCUAUUAAACAUAACAAU